AAAACCGGUUUUUAUGUGUAUGUUUUAAUCAAAGUAAGUAUGUGCUACAUUUUCUUGAAAAUAUAAGGGUGAUGCAUAACACUACUUUCCUUCCAUUCUCGACACUGAUCCCAAGAUAUGGCACAUGAGAUGAAUCACUCGAAGACAUCAAUGCUUACCACCGAAGACGGCAACGAAGACAACAGUCGACAGCCACAGAUUUACGCGAAGAACUCAAUCGACAGAUUCGGUGACGACUUGUGUGCACUUCUGUUGUCAUACUUUCCGCUCGAAGACCACAUCCGUUGCGAAUCGCUGUCCAAACAGUUCCGGCGGACAGUCUUCGUGAGUCUUCGCGACAUUACUAUUGACGACAAACUCAUGAGACAAUUACCGAAGAGUAAUAUCCGCCAAAUAGUGGCCACAAUUGCCAUAAAGUGCGGAAACAUUGAAACCAUUGACUGUCGAGGAAUAGGCGAUAGAUUUGAAGAAUACAUUCCCGAAGUGUUGACUAUUUAUCGCGACAAUUGCUGUCAUUUGCGGGAAAUUUAUUGCAAUUUAUGGCGAAAUAGUUCGCAAACAAUGCGUUCAAUCGGACCACUGGUCACACGAAUCGGUCGUAUUGACAACUUUGCGGACAGCGAAGCGAUCACUGAUUGCCACCAAUUGUCACGAUUACGGAUCGAUUCAUUCCGGAAAGCGUUUGGAUAUAACGGGACUCUUUUGGCGAAGAAUUUGCAUUCAUUUGAGUUAUUUGAAUAUUUGGACACCGAUUCAGAUGACGGCCGAUGGUCUGCAUUCGUGGCACACAAUCUGUGCCUAAGAAGCGCUCUGUUUAUGUGGCCACGACUUCAAUACCUAUCCAUCAAAACUAAGACAAUAACUCGCGAGUAUUUGGAGCACAUCUCAAGAUUACCGGCGCUGAAAGCGUUUUGCCUUCAGUGCCGUCACAGCAAUGGUCUCACAGAUAAUGAUUUUAAGGAUCUGUUGUCCAGAAGUGCUAAACUAAAAGCUAUUGAAUACAUUGUGGAUAACAAUCGCAAGAUUUUUAUUGUA